AUGAGUAAAGCAUUGCAAUAUAAUACUAUAUCUAAAGGAGAUUAUCUAACAUAAAAAAGCAUACCAAAUUCAGCUCCAAUGUUAAGACCUUAAUCAGAGAUGGUAAAAUAAUCUUAAGUUUCACCUCCAGUUCAAGCUCCUACAGAUGUUAUAGCAAGUCAACCAAUAUACAAAGAGAAAUAAGAAAAACCAUAAAAAGAUAAUCCAUUUGAAAGAAAUGUUUUUCCUUAGAGUGAAAUCCCAUAAUCAAUUGCACCUAUAAAAAGUACAAUAAUAAAUACUUAAUAACCAAUUCCAAAUUAAUCUAAUAUUUAACAAUAGUAAUAACAAUCUAAUGUAUCAAAUUAAAAUUAAAUUCAAAUUCUAUAAUAAUUAAAAGGUUUACAAUUAGAAAACUAAGAAUUGAGAGCAUAAUUAAUAAAUUAAACAAGAGAAAUUAUGAAUGCUGGUGCAUUAAAAAAUGAAAAUGCCGCUCUUAGAGAGAGAGCUGAUGAAUUAAAAGUUAUUGCAGAUCAUGUAAGAGAAGCUGAUUCUCAAAAUUAAGUUAUGAAACGAUAAGUGACAGAAUUAUAAACUUAAUUAAAUUAACUUAAAGCAUAAAAUGGGGAAUUAUAAAAAGUUGCUGAUGAAGUUGAAUAAGUCAGAAAAGAAAUAGCUACUUAUAAAGCCUUUGAAAUGCAAUAUAAAGAAUUAUUAAGAUAAACUUUACAAUUAAAAUCAGAUCAUGAUGCACUAAAUAAAUAAUUUAAUAAACUUUUGAGUGUUUAAGAUGAAAAUAAAAGAGUAAGUUAGUAAUAUGAUUAAUAAGUAUUAGAAAAUGAAUAACUUACAAAAUAACUAGCUUAAUAAGAAAAAGAUAAUUAAUUAUUACUUAAUGAUAACAUAAGUAUGAAAUAAUUAUUAGAUUAAUUAAAUUUUGAUCAUAAAAGUUUAAGGUCUUAAUUUGCUAAAUUAUAAUAAUAAUAAUAAUUAUAAUAUGAAGAAAAUUCAAAGUUAAAAGAUAAGAUUUCUUAAUUAGAAUUAGAAAUAGUUUAAUUAAGAUCUAGAAAUGAUGGAUUAUAGAAAUUUGUUACUGCAGUUGAUACAAGGGAAUAGGAAAUAGGAACACUUAAAUAUCAUUUAGGUAUGUGUGAAAAUAAUAUGAAAAUUGUUUAAUAAAAUUAUGAUGCUUCACUUAAGAAGCUCGAAUUGUAAAGAAAAGAUAUUGAAUAAUUAAUUACCGAUAACAAUUUGUUGAAAGGUUAGUUAGAACAUUUAACUUUAUAAAAUAGAUAAUUAAAUGAAUGUAAUAUUUAUGUUUAUAAAAAUAGUAUAAUGGAAAAAUAAAGAAUAAGAUCAUCAAACUAAAUAAUUGAAUGAAGAAAUUAAAAGAUUGAAUAGUCUAAUGUUAGUAAAAAAUAGUGAGUGCAACUAAUAUAAAAAUGAUGCUUAAAGAUUUCACUCUUAAUUGAUGAAUUUGUAGAAUACAGAAAAUUUGAAUAAAAGAAUGAAUGAAUAAAUAUAAUAAAUGGAUAAAGAUAUAUAGUUUUUAAGAAAGAUGAAUUAAGAUUAAUAAAUGCAAAUAAAACAAUUAGAAGAAUUCAGAUACAAUACCAUCUAUAAUAUAAAACAAUAAGAUUUUAGUAAUAUAAAUAAAGAUCAUGAAAAGUAAUAUUUUAAGUAAAAUCCUUAUUGA